AUGGCGAUAACCAAUUCUACUCCAUCUUCGACGGCUCCUCACUCGACGCAUACCGUCAAGGUAGGCCCAAAAGAGAACCCACAUCAGUAUUUGCCGCACAGCAUCACGGCCGCUGUCGGCGAUGUGAUCGUCUUCGAGUUCUACCCGCGCAACCAUUCCGUCGUCAAGGCAGACUUUAUGGCACCGUGUGUGCCUGCUGCGGAUGAAAUCUUCUACUCGGGCCAGGUCAAUACCUUUAACGAGAAUAGCGAUGGGCAGCUGGAAGGAGAGCCUCCUACAUGGUCACUAGUCGUGAAUGAUACCGAGCCCACGUUCUUCUACUGUACGGCAGUCGACUCCUGUCUCGUCAAUGGAAUGGUGGGAGUAAUUAACCCGAACGAAACGAUGACCUGGGAAGCACAAUUCGCCCAAGCAAGACGAUACCCCUAUAUGCUCAUCCCGGGACAAUCACCUCCCGCCGAAGGAACAGGCUACUCAUCCUCAGCUGCCGGCACCCACAACAAGAGCUCUUUCAGCGGUGGCGCCAUAGCCGGUACCGUGGUUGCCGGGCUUGCCUUUGUUGGCAUCCUCCUCGUCCUUGUGAUCAUGCUGUGUCGGAACAGGUAUAAACAGGGGCCAUCUUCACAGGUCGGGCGGAUGGAGCGGACAGCUCACUGCGCUCUAUUUAGUAGUCGAAGGGAGGGAAAGAGUAAGCAGGGAUUCACUGCGUCCUCUUCAGUGGGAGGCCAUGGUACAUUCUCUUCGAGCUCGGACGCUUCGCCGCCUGCUGUCUCGCCUCCUCUGCGAAAUGGAUAUUGGAACUGGGAGACUGCAACGAAGCAGCCACUGCCGCAGGAAGACAUUCGUCAGCCGAGCGAGUUGGAGGCGACGGGUGUUGUGGGUGGCAAGCCAGGAGGGAUGUACUACGGCUGGAGGUGA